CUAACCAAAUUGACGGAGCAGAACAAGGCGACCGACAUCAACAAACUUUGCGCUUCGGUCCUGGAUGACUUGGCAAAAAUAAUUCGGGAAUAUCCCGAGAUUUUCCCGGACGACUUGCCAAGUGGACUGCCACCCGAACGGCCCCAAGAUCACAAAAUCGAGCUGGAGCCCAGCGCGCAGCCUACUGUACGAACCCAAUGGCGCCUGACUCAGCCCGAACUCCACGAAUUACGGAACCAGCUAGACUACCUGCUGGCAAAAGGGUUCAUUCGGCCAAGCACGUCCCCGUUCGCGGCACCGAUCAUGUUCACCCCAAAAAAGGACGGCGGACUUUGCAUGUGUACGGACUAUCGUGCCCUUAAUCGGGUAACGAUUAAAUCGCCCUACCCAAUAUCACGCACGGACGAGCUGAUUGACAACCUUCGCGGAGCUCGCUACUUUUCGAAGAUCGACCUUCGCGGCGGUUACCAUCAAAUCCGGGUGUUCGCUGACGACUGCCAUAAGACCGCAUUUCGUACUCGCUACGGGAGUUACGAAUACACGGUGAUGCCAUUUGGAUUAACGAACGCCCCCUUGACGUUCCAGCCCACCAUGAACGGGGUGUUUUGCGAUCUCCUCAACAAAUGCGUGAUCAUUCAUGUGGACGACAUCCUGAUUUACAGCAAGACCCGGGAGCAACGUCUAAAGGACUUGGAAGCGGUUUUUCAGCGGCUACAGCAGCAUCGUCUCAUCACCAAGGGCUUCAAGUGCGAGUUUUUAAAACAAGAACUGGAGUUCUUGGGGCACGUGAUCUCCACGGAGGGGAUUCAAACAGACCCGAAAAAAUUUCUGGGCUAUUCAGGAGUGGAUACCACCAACAAACCUGCAGCAGUUGCAAUCAUUUCUGGGUUUUGUGAAUUACAGUACGUAAGACGGUUUAUACCCAACAUGGCGGGGUUAACUGGACCUCUAACCGACCUACUGCAGAAGGGGACUUCUUACGAGUGGCGGGAGAAGCAGCAAGCUGCGUUCGAGGCAUUAAAAAACCUUUUAAUGUCGUCACCAGUACUUCGCAUCGCUGACCCGGAACGUCCCUUCGAAGUCAUCACCGACGCAAGUGACAUCGCCAUCGGAGUAGUGCUCAUGCAAGAUUUCGGCAAUGGCCUUCAACCAAUGGCAUACUCGGAAAAUGCAAUCUGCUGAGCGCAACUACCCGGUACACGACA